CAGCCACGUAUCACGUUUCUACGUGUCUCAAGCCUAAAAGAGGAAGUUACGCCAGGGAUUCGGGAGUGUAAGCGACAGACCUGAAAGAAUCCAGGCUGCCCGAGGAGAGGGGCGGUUAGACGGCAUUGGAAGGCGCCGGAAGUGGUCGUGCUGGGGCGGGGUAGGGAAAGGGGCUGGCGAGUCAGUUUACUUGGCUGCAGCCGGCCGCCUGGGUAGGGCGCACUUCCCCUCCGCUCCAAGAGCCUGGCCCGGUCUGCCUGAUUCGGUCAAGAUGGAUUUCAGGGAAAUUCUCAUGAUAGCUUCUAAAGCACAAGGAGUCAACAAUGUGCCGAAAAGGUAUAGUUUGGCAGUGGGUCCUCCCAAAAAAGACCCAAAAGUUAAGGGUGUCCAAUCAGCAGCUGUACAAGCUUUUCUCAGAAGAAAGGAAGAGGAGCUCAGACGAAAAGCCUUAGAGGAGAAAAGAAGAAAAGAACAACUAGUGAAAAAGCGAAUUGAGCUAAAACAUGACAAGAAAGCAAGAGCUAUGGCCAAGAGGACGAAGGAUAAUUUCCAUGGUUACAAUGGGAUUCCUGCUGAGGAAAAGCCCAAGAAGAGACAGGCAAUGGAAAGCCACACUGGUCAGGGAACAGACCAAGAGUACGAGAUGGAAGAAGAGGAUGAAUUCUUUGAAUACAAUCAAGCAGCAUCGGAGCAGGAGUAUGAGGAAGAGCAAGAACCUCCCAAAGUUGAAAGCAAACCAAAGGUCCCCCUUAAAAGUGCCCCACCACUCAUGAACUUCACUGAUCUGCUGAAGCUGGCUGAGAAAAAGCAGUACGAACCAGUGGAAAUCAAGGUAGUAAAGAAAACGGAAGAGCGGCCUAUGACUGCACAAGAACUUAAGGAGCGAGAAUUUCUUGAACGAAAGCAUAAGAAAAAGAAACCUGAGGCAGAUGCAAGACUACCUCCAACCAAAAAGGCACCCUCUCAGAAAGAAAGUGUGGGCACAAAACUUAGCAAAGUUUCUGGGGACAAACUUCCUUCUUCCAAAGGUGCUCGCCUUCCUCACACUGAGAAAAAAUCCAGACCCAGCACUGCUAAUGAGAAGCACUUGGGUUUGUCUUCAUCCAAAUCCAUGCCAGGAGAGAGGACCAAAGUGGAAUCUGGCAAGUGCUCCCAACCCCCGCUUUGUGCAGGCCAUGACAGACCUGUUUUCAAUGGGGCUGGAAAGGUCCACUCGAACACGUAUUCACCAGGUGUCCCAAAGACUUCUGCUAAAGGGACUCAGAAAUCUGCUCCUGAGCACAAAGCCAAAAAAUCUCCUCCCCAUCCUAGCCAUUCCAGGCCUGGGCCCAUGGUCACCCCACAUAACAAGGCUAAGAGUCCAGGUGUUAAGCAGCCAGGCAGCAGCUCCAGCUCAGCCCCUGGGCGGCCCAGCAUAGGGACUGCUCGGCCUACAGUUAGUUCUGGCUCCGUGCCCAGGCGCCAGAGUGGCAGCUCCAGCUCCGGACCUGAGCGAUCGGUUGUUGGGACCAAGAGGCCAGCCAGUCACUUAAAUCCUUCUGGACGGACAGUCAGUGGUACAAGUAGCCCUGGACGACCCAUCAGUGGCCCAGGUGCCUCUGGGAGAUCAGUAGUCAGCCCUGGUGGUCCUGGGCGGCAUCAUGUGAACACUCCACAUGACCUCCGACGACCAGUGAGUGGCUCAGUGCCCACCAGGCGUUCAGUCAGUGGCCCUGGGCAUUCAGUAAGUGGCUCAGUUCCAGCUGGACGGACUGUUGGUAAUUCAGGCCCUGGAAGACCAGGGAGCAGCUUGGGACCUGGGCGAACAGUUAGUAGCUCAGGACCCCCCUUGAAGCCCAGGUGCACUGUUGUCUCGGAAACAAUUUCUUCCAAGAAUAUCGUUAGCCGGCCCAGCAAUGGACAGAUGAAUGGAAUGAAGCCUUCCUUGUCUGCCUACAGAUCUCCCCAAGGUCCUCAAAGGCUUCCCUUUCCUAGUGCUUACAAAAGGCAGCGAGACUACGAAGAGGAGGAAGAUGAUGACUAUGACUCUGAAAUGGAAGAUUUUAUUGAAGAUGAAGGAGAAUCUCAGGAAGAAAUAUCCAAGCACAUUCGAGAAAUCUUUGGCUAUGACCGAAAAAAAUACAAAGAUGAAAGUGAUUAUGCCUUACGUUACAUGGAGAGUAGUUGGAAAGAGCAGCAGAAGGAAGAAGCGAGGAGUUUGAGACUAGGUAUGCAAGAGGACUUAGAGGAGAUGAAACGUGAGGAAGAAGAAAUUAAAUGCCGAAAGGGCAAGAAGCUGAAAAGGCGUUAGCUGCUGCUUUUAUUUUUGUGAAAUUCUGGAGACACUCUGCUGCAAGGAAGUCCUGCCUUCUGACUGGAGAAGCCCCUUUAUCAUUUUAGAUUUAUACUUGGGUCCUAAGGAGAAGGAAUGCAUACUGUAUAUUUUGAGCAUAAAGUAUUUUCAAAUACUUUCCAGGGUGAAAUCUGUAAUGCAGAUGACGUCCUGCCCAGUGAGUGCUCUUAUGCGGCAGGUGCCGGCCUUGCUCCUGAUGAGCUAUGCACUCUAGCGUGGGGCUACUCAACAGUCAGCCGAUCUUCCCUGUUCCUUUGCUAGGUUCGAAAGGAAACCAAGAUUGCUUCUUGACUUCCAUAAUUCUGCUGAUGCGUGAGUGGGGCAAUGGCCGGCUCCCAAACUUAUUUUCUUUUUAUGAGGAACCUGGCCCUUCCCUGAAUGUUGCCAGCAAUAAAGUGACCUGUACUAAUCUAUGCGUUUGGAUUGAGAACUUGAAAAUGUAGAGUAGGCUUUAUAAUUAUCAGAUGGAAGUCAUCUCUGUGACUUUGAAGUAAAAAGUAGAAUAAAUUAUAUUGUAUUCUGUAUUCAUGGAUUGGAUGCUGAGCAUUCUUAUUUGCUAAUUUAGGUGAUUAGGCAAUUAACAAAAAAUUCUCAAGUUAAAAUACAAGUUAGGCCAUUUAGUAUAAGAGUAUUCUUUUUCAAGCUUUCCUUUCAGAUUUAUUGUAAAAUAGACAAUGUCAUUUCUGAUUUUUAUCUAAAAAUUCAUUUUUAUAUUGAAGAAAAUAAUAUUUUACUCAAAAAUUAGAGUUGGAAGAGUAAUAGUUUAAAAAAGAAUAAGCAAGUGACAUGUGAGGCUGCCCUCCUCCCCAUCCACAUCCCCCACUGUAAAGAUGUUUCGGAAUCCAAGGUGCCCUUGUGUCCGUUGAUGUUAAUGACUUUUCAGUUUUAUCUUAAAAUUCCUUAGCAAGUAAUGGCAAAAACCAAAAACUAAAUUCCUGUCUAUCAAGAGCACCACUUUCUCUUUUUGCCCAUAUUGCACUUUUAUUUCAAACUAUGCACUGUGAAGAAAUGUUUGCCCCCCAAGUAGAGAAGGAUGUUUAUUUUACUGGGCUGUGUUCCACCUUUCUUCAAGUCCUAGCUAUAGACCUGCUAUCUCUUAAGCCUCAAAUCCAAGCAAUUCCACUCAGGCUGACUUAGGCUCUGGCUGGAGAGAAGCCAAGUCUCAAGGAAAGUCAGCAACAGAAAAUGAGAUGAUGGCGAUGGAGAGCAUUUGUCCUUGAUUCUAAAUGUGGAGGGUUGGGGACAGUGGGACAUAAGCUUAUAGAACAGCUCUACAAUGUUUUAGCUACUUAAGCCAUUGGGUGGUGAGGAUUAAGUAAGAAAAGUUGGUCUACAAAGAAUCCGUAUUCUUCAGUAGGUCCAAAACUUGUUUUAGUGUAUUCCUUUUUAUCCAUCAAGCUUUCUUUAUUCUCCAAGUUUGAGCAUUACAAUGACCAUCAUCUGCCUUCCUUUAUGGGUCAGCCGUGUGA